GGUCCUUUUCACGAUACGGGUGAAUUUUUUUUGGCACAACACCAGGCAGAGUAUAUUGAAGAUGGCGUCUUUUACCCUCCCUGGUGAAUGGAUCAAAAACUGGGAAAAAUUGGGAAAACACGAGUUUGUACAACUCUGCAAAAAGCUCACAGAGAAAAGUGAACAUGGAAGUGAAAUCAAAGACAUACAGAGUGUCCUUUAUGAACUCUGCUGGCAAGUUGUUCAGGGAAACCUCAAGUUGGAUCUUGUUGUCAGCGUCCUUCGGGACAUGAUGGAGCUCCGAGAUGACAUGCAAUCAGUUUUAGCAGAUGUGUUCUGUAUACUUGAUUUAGAAACGAGUUCGCUGGAAGAAAAAAACAAACGUGAUCAUUAUACACAGCUGGUGGGAGCAUGUUUGUGUUUUGUACCAGAGGCCAUCCUGAAAGAGAGGCUGGACCCAGAAACCCUCGAGUCCCUUGGGCUGAUAAAGCAAGCUCACCAGUUUAACCAGAAGAUUGUAAAAAUCAAAACUAAACUAUUUUAUAAGCAGCAGAAGUUUAACUUGCUGAGGGAGGAGAAUGAGGGCUACGCCAAAUUAAUCACAGAGCUUGGACAAGACCUGUCGGGCAACAUCACCAGCAACCUCGUCCUGGAGAGCAUCAAGUCUCUUAUAGGCUGCUUCAACUUGGAUCCUAAUCGUGUUUUGGAUAUAAUCCUGGAGGUGUAUGAGAGUCGCUCCGACCAAGACGAGUUCUUCCUGUCCCUAAUUAAGUCCUACAUGUGUGAGCCAAUCACCCUUUGCCAUAUACUGGGCUUCAAGUUCAAGUUCUACCAGGAGCCCAAUGAGGAAACACCCAAGUCCCUUUACCACAUCGCUGCUGCCCUGCUUCACCGUAACCUAAUAGAGCUGGAGGAUCUCUACGUGCAUCUGAUGCCACUAGAUGCCACCAUCAUAGAGGAGCACAAGCGAGAGAUUUCAGAGGCCAAGCAGAUUGCUCGCAAGCUCGUUAUGGUUGUGUUGCCCUCCGAGAAAAGUGAAGACAAAGAGAAGGAGAAAGAAAAAGAAGAAGAGAAAAAUGAGAAGCCACCGGAUAACCAGAAGCUCGGCCUUUUGGAAGCGUUACUCAGGAUUGGAGACUGGCACCACGCCCAGAUUAUUAUGAACCAGAUGCCUUCCUUUUAUGCUUCUUCUCACAAGGCCAUCGCGCUGGCUCUCUGCCAGCUCGUCCACCUGACUGUGGAGCCUCUUUACAGGAGAGCCGGCGUUCCAAAGGGGGCGAGGAGCUGCAAAAUGCAGCUACUAAUGAACAAACGAGCUCCUCAGCCUGCAGAAAGCUUUGAGGACCUACGGAGGGACACAUUCAGCAUGCUGUGCUAUCUGGGCCCUCACCUCUCUCAUGACCCCAUUCUGUUUGCCAAGAUUGUCCGUUUGGGCAAAGCUUUCAUGAAAGAGUACCAAUCUGAUGUCAGACCUGAGCUGAAAGACAAGAUGGAGUUACUGUUAAGUUGCUUCCUGAGCAUCGCAGACCAGGUUCUGCUGCCGUCCAUCUCUGUGAUGGAGUGUAACGCCUGCAUGUCUGAGGAACUGUGGGGGCUCUUUAAGCUCUUCCCUUAUCAGCACAGGUACCGUUUAUAUGGGCAGUGGAAGAAUGAGACCUAUUCUGGACAUCCAUUGUUGGUUAAAGUUAAAGCUCAGACUGUGGACAGAGCCAAAUAUAUUAUGAAGCGUUUGACCAAAGAGAAUGUGAAACAGUCAGGAAGGCAGAUUGGCAAGCUGAGCCACAGCAAUCCCACCAUCCUCUUCGAUUAUAUGCUGUCUCAGAUCCAGUGGUACGACAACCUCAUCGUUCCCGUGGUCGACUCUUUAAAAUUCCUCACAUCCCUCAACUAUGAUGUCCUGGCCUAUUGCAUCAUCGAAGCGCUGGCUAAUCCUGAGAAGGAGAAGAUGAAACACGAUGACACUACCAUUUCCUCGUGGCUCCAGAGUCUGGCGAGCCUGUGUGGAGCCGUGUUCAGGAAAUACCCCAUCGAGUUGGCCGGCCUCCUUCAGUAUGUGACCAAUCAGCUGAAAGCAGGGAAGAGCUUUGACCUGCUGAUAAUGAAAGAAGUGGUACAGAAAAUGGCUGGUAUUGAGAUCACGGAUGAGAUGACCUCAGAGCAGUUGGAGGCCAUGACAGGGGGAGAGCAGCUGAAGGCUGAGGGUGGAUACUUCGGCCAGAUUAGGAACACAAAGAAGUCCUCGCAGCGUCUGAAGGACGCACUGCUGGACCAUGAACUGGCUCUUCCUUUAUGUUUACUCAUGGCCCAACAACGGAACGGGGUGGUUUUUCUGGAGGGGGGAGAGAAACACCUUAAACUUGUCGGCCAUCUCUACGACCAGUGCCACGACACUCUGGUGCAGUUUGGUGGGUUUUUGGCUUCCAACCUCAGCACAGAAGAUUAUAUUAAGCGAGUUCCCUCCAUUGAUGUCCUUUGUAAUCAGUUUCACACUCCACACGACGCGGCGUUCUUCCUGUCUCGCCCAAUGUACGCCCAUCAGAUUUUGUCAAAGUAUGAUGAGAUGAAGAAAGCAGACAAAGGCAGUCGGCAGCAGCAGAAGGCACAAAAGUAUGUAUCAGCCUGUGAGCAGGUGAUGGCGUCAGUCCAUGAGGCUGUGGUGUCCCUCCACCCUGCCAGGGUGUGGGACGACAUCCGCCCUCAGUUCUACUCCACCUUCUGGUCUCUCACCAUGUAUGACUUAGCUGUACCGCAAGCAGCUUACGACCGAGAGGUCAACAAGCUCAAGGCCCAGAUCAAGGCCAUCGAGGAGAACCCUGAGAUCCCUCUAAAUAAGAAGAAGAAGGAGAAGGAACGCUGCACCGCCCUGCAGGAAAAACUCCAGGAGGAGGAGAAGAAGCAGGCGGAGCACGUUCAGCGAGUUCUGCACCGCCUCAAACUGGAGAAAGACAACUGGUUGCUGGCCAAAUCAACAAAGAACGAGACCAUAACAAAGUUCCUGCAGCUCUGUCUUUUCCCUCGCUGCAUCUUUUCCUCCAUUGAUGCCGUGUACUGCGCUCGCUUCGUUGAGCUGGUCCACCAGCAGAAAACGCCCAACUUCUGCACCCUCCUCUGCUACGACAGGGUGUUCUCGGCCAUCAUCUACACAGUGGCGAGCUGCACAGAGAACGAGUCUCACCGUUACGGACGUUUCCUCUGCUGCAUGUUGGAGACGGUGACCCGAUGGCACAGCGAUCGAGUGAUUUAUGAGAAGGAGUGCGUGAAUUAUCCAGGCUUCCUGACCAUCUUCAGAGCGACGGGCAUUGAAGGGGGGAACAAAGUGGAUCAGCUAGAUUAUGAGAACUUCAGACAUGUGGUGCAUAAAUGGCACUACAUGCUGACUAAAGCUUCAGUUCACUGCCUGGAAACUGGAGAUUACACCCACAUCCGGAACAUUCUGAUCGUGCUAACCAAGAUCCUGCCCUGCUAUCCAAAGGUUCUGAACCUCGGCCAGGCUCUGGAGUGCCGAGUGCACAAGAUCUGCCUCGAGGAGAAGGAUAAGAGGCCUGACCUCUAUGCCUUAGCUAUGGGUUAUUCAGGUCGCUUGAAAAGCCAGAAGGUGCACAUGGUUCCCGAGAAUGAGUUUCACCACAAGGACCAGCCGGCGCGGAGCACCACACCUGCUAGCCAACAGAACGGCCCCGGGAGCACCAGCAAGCCCGCCACCGGCACCAGCAAAGCUGAGGAGGGGGCGUCAGAUGAUGGAGAUCGGGGCAAAGAUAAAUCUCAGGGGACCGCAAACCCAGUGAAUAAAGCCAACAGUGCCACAGCCAAAGUCACCACCAGCAACGGAAACGGUGCUCUCAAUAGCGCCAAAGGAGUUAAAGAACGGGACGACAAAGAGAAGAGUGUGAAAGAGAAAAAAGAGAAAAAGGAGAAGACUCCAGGCAGCACACCAGAGACUAAAGCCGAGAACCGUCGCGAGAAGCAGAGGGAAGAAAGAGCAGGGAAGGAGGAGCGAGUGGCGCGCGAGGGUAAGGAGAAGACUCCGAAGGCAGACCGGGAGAAAGCGAAGCCAGAGGAGAAGAACAGCAAAGACGACAAGACCAAGGCAGGAAACGGCGACCCCACGGAACUGACCAGGGAGCGCGACGCCGUCAAGGAGCACAAGAACAAGGAGAAAGUAGACCGGAACGCUGCAACUGGUUCCCUCAAGUCACCCAAUCCCAGACUAGAGUCUGCCGAAUCUGAGAGGGAUCACAAAAGACGAAAGCUCGACUGUCACUCCUCUCCAUCCCACUCCUCCACUGUUAAGGACGGUAGCAACGAACUCAAGGAGUCCACAUCCAAGCACCACACCAACUUUAACUCAGUUGCCCGGUCCAAGAGCAGAGAGAAGGAAGUGGAGAAGAAAGAGACAGAGAUCACACAAGGCCGACCCAAAGAGAAGAAGGAGGAAAAAGAACGAAAAGAAAGGAAAAGAGAUCACAUCGUUACAGACCGAGAGGCAAGCCUAGAGUCCAAGCGUAAAAAGGAUGAGAACGGAACCAAUUCGGCUAAAAACAGUCCUUCCUGUGACUCUUCACUGUCACCCGAAAAGGAAAGAACCAAAAGAUCCAAAUCAUCCAGCAAGGAGAAGGCCGAGUCGGUGAAACCGGAGCGAACUUCCUCCGGAGGCAAAAAGGAGUCCAGGCAUGAAAAAGAGAAGAAGGAUAAGAGGGACAGCAGCAGUGGGAAGGAGGAAAAGAAGCAACCCAUAAAUCUGACAAGCACAGAUAAUGUGCACUAAUCAGUGAAGGUAAGGACCACUCAGCUGGUUACAGAUCAGCUCUACUGCUGCUAGAUUUGAAUCUUCUGACGCGUUUCCUGCCCUCUUCGACCCACGUGUCCAGCAGCAGAUCUGGUGAAGCUGUGCUUCUGCCUGCGAGACUCCUGUAACUCCAACUGCCACGUCGAUGACCUAGCACCCUUUUUUUUUCUUCUUUUUGCCCACAACUUGUUAGCAGUAGUUAAAAGCCAGAUCAUCCCUUAUUUACCCAGUUUCAGAUGGAAGCUUUCAUUUUUCUUUAUUAAUAUUAUUAUCAGUAUGGACACAACAUGCUGCUGUAAUCACAGUGUUAUUUUCCCAGAAAUGUGGUUACUGUAUGUAAAACCCCCAUGGUAGCAUCUGGUCAGAUUCAAAAAUCCCAAACUUGGAAAAUGUUGCUUGUUGUUUAGUUUUUGUACUUUAUCAGGCCUUGCUUUUUGCUCGUUUUAUUAGAUUUAAUGUGCUUUCCAUUCUCACCUCAUAUCUUUUUGAGAAACUUUUAUUUAUUUAUCUGCUCCUUUUAAUCACCAGAGCAUAAGUGAGGAAAAACCCAACGGACCAGUUUGUAUAUUGUGUACAUUAAUAAAGACGGUAACAUGAACUUCACAGCAUGUUAUUUCUUUUUCUAUUUUUCGUCUCAGCGUCCCAUAAGGUUUUGUGAUUCUGUGUUAAUCAGGUUUUUACAUAAUUUAUAAAAGUGUCAGUUCAACUUUAAUUCAAUUGUAGAGUUGUAAAGAAGGAAGAAGACCAUGCUGACGCUCUGUACUCCAAACUGUUUCUGAAAUGACUUUGGAGAUUUUAUCUGCUGUACUCAAUGAGUGUACUUUUUUAAGGAAAAAAAAAGAAACCCAAUAAAUAAUAGUUUUCUUAGUGUGUCA